AUGCCCCAGCGGGUGCCCCCGGCCUGGCACUCGGAGAUGCCGCUGCCCGGGAAGCUGCUGCUGUCGGCGGCCGCGCUGCUGCUCCUGUCCCUGGCCUUCAGGUUUUAUAGGAACCGCUCGCCUCCCCCGGGAAAAAUCCCACCGGGAGAGCAGCGGGAAAACCGGGAUGGGGAUGGGGCUCUGAGGAGGGAUGGGGGGGACAAAUGUGGGAAUGGCCCCGGGAUGCAGCCCGCGGCUCUCCGGGGGGAGCAGAGCUUUCCAAGGAAUGAGGAGGAGGAGGAAGGAGAGGAGGUGGGUUCGGAGCUGAUUCUCAGGAAAGCCCCGCUCGGUCCGGCCGGGAUGGAAAGGGAAUGGGGAAGGAAACUGGGAUGGAAGUUGGGAAUUAAAUCAGAAAGUGAAGCAGGGGUUGAGCUGGGGAGUGAUCCCGGGAGCGGGACGGGAAGUGAGCUGGGAAGCGAGCUGGGAAGUCAGCCAGGAAGGAAGUCGGGAAGCAGGCUGGGAAUCAAGCCGGGAAACAAUCCAGGAAGAAAGCCAGGAAGCAAAUUGAUAAUGAAGCCAGUAAAUGAGUUGGGAAGUGAGCAGACAAACGAGCUGGGAAACAAGCUGGCAAAGAAAUUGGAAAUUGAGUCAGGAAUCGAGCUGGGAAGCGAACCGGGAAGCAAGCUGGAAAGUAAGGCAGGAAUUGAGGUGGGAAGAGAGCUGGGAAAUGAGCCGGGAAGCAAAGCAGAAAUUUUGCUGGGAAGUGAGCCGGGAAUUUUGCUGGGAAGAGACCUUGGAAGCAAGGCAGGAGUGGAGGUGGGAAGUGAGCCGGGAAUGUCGCUGGGAAGCGAGCGGGGCUCUCACGACCCCGGGGCCGUGGCCGGAGGCCGGGGCAGCCCCGCAGGGAGGGACGCAGCUGCUCCGGGCUCCGGGCAUUCCCCAGGGAUUCCCGACGCCCGGACAGAGGGGGAUGGAUGCGCCCAGAGCACGGAGCGGGAUCCGGCUGGAGGAGCGGGGAGGAGCAGGGAGGGCAGCGCAGGGACAGUCCGGACCCUCAGCGUCACCUCCAGCCUGGGGCUGCUGCUGACGGCGAGAGAGGCGGGCUCGGACACCUCCCACUGCUUCUCCUCGGUGGCCAAGAUCCAGGUGGAGGAGAACUUCAUCCCGGAGCGCCGGGACCGGGACAGGGACAGCCUGCCCAGGCCUGGCCUGCGGGGCAAAGUCUACGACUACUUCGUGCAGUCCACCUCCGAGUCGGUGUCCAGGCGGACAUCCCUGCCCUUCGUCCCUGCGGGGACACCCCGGUGUCACGGGGAGCGGGGCCAGGCGGAGCCACAGAGCUCCGGAACCCAGGGGGAGAAUCCAAAUUUGGAAAUUCCUGAUCCCGACACCGCCUCAGCUCCACAUGAGGGCACCGAGAGCCCUCCAGAGCCACCUUCUCCCAGCAGCACCCUGGGGAUCAGCCCCGAGCUCCCGCUGCCCGGUGCGGUUCCAGCUGCGGCUCCUGAGCCAUCCCAGGUGUCACUGCCCAGCCAGGUGCACCUGGGGAACUGCUCCGAGGUUCUGCGCGCAGCCAAGGCGCGGCAGCUGCGGGCCCUGCAGGAUGCUGCCCUCCAGGUGAUGAGCAACCACCUCCUGCAGGUGCUGCGCUCCCCGUCCAUCUACGGCCGCCUCAACGCCGGCGAGCGGGAGCUGCUCCCGGCGCUCCGCAGCCGCGGGCGGCCGCGCCUGGUGGUGGCCGAUGUCCCCCCGGCUGAGCCCGGCCACCGCCGCGGCCGCCUCUGCUACUACGACGAGGACGGGGACCGCUGGUGCCAGCUGUGCCAGCUGCCGGCCGAGGUGGCCGGGCGGGGCUGCGCCGUGUGCUCCAUGUUCAAUUACCUGUUCCUGGUGCCCGGCUGGGAGGGGACAGGCCGGGCGCGGAGCCCCUCGUGCCGCGUGCUCUGCUACGACCCCCUGAGCGACAGCUGGUGCGACGUCUGUCCCCUGCGCCAGGCGCGGCCGCACUGCCAGCUGGUGGCCCUGGACGGCCACCUCUACGCCAUCGGGGGCGAGUGCUUGGCCACCGUGGAGCGCUACGACCCCCGGUGCGACCGCUGGGCCUUCGCCGCCGCCCUGCCCCGGGACGCCUUCGCCGUGGCCCACGCGGCCGCCGCGUGCGACGGGGACAUUUACAUCACCGGGGGCACCCUGCGCUCGCUCCUGCUGCGCUACGACCCCCGCGGGGACAGCUGGGCCGCCAGCCCGGCCGUGGGUGACAAGGACAGGACGGCCGAGCUGGUGAGCGCCCACGGGUUCCUGUACCGCUUCCAGCUGCGGCGCGGCGCCGGUGGCACCCAGGUGGCCGUGUCGCGGUGCAGCGCCAGCGCCAGGCUGUGGUACCGCUGCGGCAGCCGCCCCCUGCCCGAGCCGGCCGGGCUGCGCUGCGCCGCCCUGGGAGGCCUCGUCCACUGCCUCGGCCGCGGUUUCCAUCUCCGCUUCCUGGCCGACCCCGUCUCGCCGCGCUUCGGGGCCAAGGAGCUGCGGCCCUUCCCGGAGCCCCAUGGGAGCCUCCUGCCCGCGGUCCUGGUGCUGCCCGAGGGGGGCACGGAGCCACCCCGGCCCUGA